AUGCUGAAAGAUCGAAAGUCGUCGACAAAAAGUGUCAAAAUAGAGGCAAUGGCACCGGUGGCAAAGGAGGCGAAAAAGGGCCAGGCGGUGGCGAGAACACGAUCUAGCAACGUGGAGUUCACCCCAGCCAAAACGCAUGACAUGGUCAGAUCGCUUUUCGAUCCCACGCUGAAAAAAUCGUUUCUGGAGGUGCUGAUCAGCUUGGCGAUCCUGUCCAACGUGGGUCUGUGCUUCUUCUUGGUGUCGCGCUUCGGGGCUGUCUUCACUAAGUGGGUUUUCCUGUGGCAAUAUGUGUUCUGGAGACUGUGCUACAACGUCGGGAUCGGCGUGGUGUUGCACUACCAAUCCAAGUACGAGUCGCUGACUAAGUUCGCCAAACAAAAGGCGCUAUUCAGCAAAAAGAACCAGCACUGGCUGGCUAGGUUCUGCCGUUUCGAGAUCGAGUCGAAAAUGCCCGCGUCGUAUCGUUUGGAAUCGUACCCAGAAGAGUUCAACAUCUGGCUUCUGUUCCGUCAGUGCGUCGAUCUCAUCUUGAUGCAGGAUUUCACCACAUACAUUCUAUUUGUGUGUCUGUCUAUCCCCAGAACUGUCUUGGCCAGUCGUAGCGUUAGCGUCAUUCUCGGGGUGGUCAUGAUCUUGUUCAACGUGUGGGUCAAGGUGGACGCGCAUCGUGUUGUGAAGGACUACGCAUGGUACUGGGGAGAUUUCUUUUAUUUCCAGGAUUCCAAGCUCGUUUUCGAUGGUGUGUUCAACAUCUCACCUCAUCCUAUGUAUUCCAUUGGGUACAUGGGGUACUAUGGUUUAAGUUUGAUUUCAGGAGAUUAUAAAGUUCUUCUGGUGUCGAUUGCGGGCCAUCUACUGCAGUUUCUGUUCUUGAAAUAUUGCGAAACCCCACAUAUUGAAAAGAUCUACGGAUCUGAUACUAUUGAGUCGGAUAACGCACAAAUCGACGAGCUUUUGAUCAAAGAAAAUCGCAAUUACUCAAAACCACUCAUUACCAAAGGUUUUUGGUUUACUAAUUUCGACAAACUAAGGUUGACAGACUAUUUCACAAUGGUCAGUGCUGUUGCUAUUGCCGCUUUCACCUUCUUGAUUAGACCAUCUCAGAGAACACUUUUCUUUGCAACUUUGGCCACCAAGUUGAGUACUUCUUUGCUUCUCUCAUUGAUCCUUUACAAGCAAUCUACUUCCAAGUGGUUUACCAGACUUUUUCUCAAGAACGGCUAUACGCAGGUCCACUCCUUUCACCAAUGGCAGUUCAUUUACAAUUACUCUCUAACAAUUACUUACACGUUAUUGAUGUUGCAGACGUUCUUUCAAUUCAAGACACUAGAAACAAGAAACUAUACACAAAUAAUCUUUGGGUUCUUACUCUGCUGUUUGCAAAAAUGGUGCGAUGAUGAGAUUUUAACAGCGAUAUCAGAAUUCGGUUGGUUUUAUGGUGACUUCUUUUUGACCAAUUACAUUAACUCCAGGAAGUUGAACUCACAGGGCAUUUACCGGUAUUUGAGCAAUCCCGAGAGGUUCCUCGGUGUUGCAGGAUGUUGGGGUGCAGCUUUGAUUACUGAUUUCUCACCAUAUAACAUGGCAUUGGCUGCUGUUUGGACACUAACAAAUAUUGCGUUGGUCAAACUCGUGGAAGAGCCCCAUGUUUACAAGGUGUAUGGCGCCAGUGACCGCAAGAGCGGUGUUACGACGACUUUGAUGGGUUUCAAGCCAAUCAGAAGAUUUUCGGAAAUUGUAGACAAAAUGGAAAAUAAGCUUGUGGAACAUUUAACCUCAGGUGAACCUGUUUUUGAGGAAGAGGGUGGUGUUGUUAGUAAUGAGACUCAAUGGGAGAAGUUGUUACAAAAGGCUUUGCAAAGCGCCACUGCUAAUCUUGCUCCCAACUGCGAAUUACGGGUCGGCGAUGGUCAAAGCGACACAGUUAUUAUUCCCGGUCCGGUUGAAGUUCAUUGGCAAUUGCCAGAAAAACUGCAUCAUGACACAGACUGGGUGGGGAUUUACAAGGUUCUAGAAACUGGUAACGACCGUCGUAAAACGAAAGUGCCCUCAAAUGGACAUUGGACCGGUACUACCAAAGGAUCCUUCGCUUAUAGUGGUCGCCCCGAAGACUGUGUUAUUAACUUUAGUAAGGCUGGUGAAGUAGUUAGCGGAAGCAUCAAAUUCGAUCAUCAGUUGAUGUUUUUCGAGGAGGGCAUUUAUGAAAUUAGGUACCACAGCCAAAACACCCAUAAAGUAUUGAUGAUCUCACCUCCCUUCAUGCUAUCAUUACCACAAAUUGACUGCCAUAGCCCAGAUAGUAUGAGUGAAGAUUUGACCAAAUUUCUCAUUGCAUGUCAUGCUUAUGAUGGUGGACGAUACGUGCCCAACAAGAACAAUUAUCUGUCCGAGAAAACGUUUAAGAAAAUUAUCAAGGAUGCUACUGGAGUUGAUCUGUCGGCAGAAUUCCUGCGCAGAAUCAACUAUGAUAUCAAGAUCAUUUCGCAGCGUGUGCAAGAGAUCAAGACAGUUCUAGAAAGCUUAGAAUAA